AUGGGAGGCGCGGCCGCCAGCCCGAGGGCCGUGAGCGCCCCGCCGCCGUCUGACAGCCACAGCCUCUCGCUGCCGAGCAGCCGCAUGGAGAAGGCGAGGCCCACGCCCCGGCGACAGCGGGGCCAAGCUCAGCAACAGCCCAACGCAAGGAAUCAGGGGACGCCCCACGGGUGCGCCCCGCCGCCGGGCCGGGCCCGAGUGCCCCGCUGCCCUGUAGGCCGCGGGGCGCCUCGGGGCUGCGGCACCCCCGGUCCGCAGCGGACAGGAGGCGCCGGGCAGGCCGGUGCCCAGGGCCGCAGGGUCCCGGAGCCGCUCUGGCGGGCGAAGAACGCGGCGGCAACGAGAGCGUGUUGGCGGGGAGGCGGCCGAAGGGGCGGUGAGGGCAGGGAGCCGACGAGACGGCGUUACCUGCGCUCCCGGACGGAGAGUCCCUCACAGCCACAGCGACUGCUCGGCCCCAACAACACAAGAUGGCGGUUGCGCCGCCACGCAACGUCACGUGAGGGUAGGCCCCGCCCCCUGCCUCCGCCACGGGACCCGGAUGGGCGACGACCCUCCCCUCCCCCCGCCCCUGAGGGGGCACCGCCCGUGUGA